AUGAUGUUUUUGGCCUUUUUCAACACCGCUUGGAACUCCUCGACAUUACUACUUGUGGCCGAGGAUGUGGCGUUGACCGUAUGCGGAUGGCAGCGCGUUUACGGACCAAUGGCCUCUCUUUCGGCCCAUCUACUCCAAGAUUAUGAAAGUUUACGCGUCAUUCAGCAACCUGAUGAGAACGAACAGCAAAUUAUACAGAGUGGCGCGAUGGAGUACAACGCGCUCGUGCAUGGUCACGGAGCUCCCCAGACGACUAGGCCACCGGCCGUGGCUUUUUCCACAUUUUCACAAGCCAGCCUUGCUCAUGGCUAUUCAGGCGGAGCUUCAACAUCGGCACUAGGCUUAGCAGACUCGAGCUUCGGAAAUAUGCCCGCGUCUUCUGUCAAUGGCCGCCUUCGCGAUUCGGCGAUGGUUCGGAUGGAGACUCCUCUUCAGAUGCCAGGCAUCACAGUUCAACAACUAUACGCGUUACAGCAAAAGCGCGAAGAAGAGCAGGCCCUCAAGACUGCUAACGCAAUCGCCACAUUACAAGCAAAACUUAACCAGAGACUAGGGCCGGAAUACAUUUCACAGCGUCCUGGGCCUGGUGGAGGUGUCAAGUUGACAUACGCAGAAGGCUGGAAAAUCAUCAACCUGGCAAACGAAGUAUUUGGAUUCAAUGGGUGGAGUUCGAGUGUCUCUAAUUUAUCUGUCGACUUUAUUGAUUAUAAUCAGGAAUCCCAGAGGUAUAAUGUCGGAGUCACCGCAGUCGUCCGUGUAACACUUAGAGAUGGAACGUCCCAUGAGGAUGUUGGAUAUGGGCUCUUGGAAAACUGCAAAAGCAAAGGAAUGGCUUUGGACAAGUGUAAAAAGGAGGCCAUCACCGACGCGUUAAAACGAACAUUACGAAGCUUUGGUAAUGUUCUUGGAAACUGCCUCUACGACAAGGACUAUAUCCGAGAAGUCAUAAAGAUGAAAGUACCAGCAACGAAAUUCGAGUCAUCAGAACUUCAUAGACGAAAGGAGUUUGCCGGAGAAUCAAGCAAUGCGGCUCCGAAAGGGCCGAUAGCCUCGACCAGUAAUGCCCCGCGAACUUCAAUGCCACCUCCCCCGCCUCCUACUCGCACCCCACAGAAUACCAUCACUAAACCAGGCCCAGCUGUAACCAAUAGUGCUGCCGCCUCAACUUCAUCAACAGUCAAUAAACCACCAGCGUCCACAUCCACCGCAACAAGGACACCGGAUAGCAUAAAACGACAAGGAACUGAUGAAUCCCUUUAUGCGUUCGGAUCAGACGAUGAUGCACUAUUCGAAGGGUUCUCGGUCGGUGACGAAACAGGGUCCACGAUUCUGAAUUUAGACCAACCGAGCGAAAGGUCUAUCGUGCUGGAGAAACGACCCGCAGCUCCAUCC